CUACUACUACAAGACAAGCAAGCCUACAAGCUCGCUCUCUUACUCGAUGGAGGAUAGAAUUUGACCGAAAAGGUACAAUCAAGACAAUCAUUACCUUGAUCACUCUUUCAUCCUAUUCUGAUCGCAUCGACAGUGCUCGACUUUGGCCUUGAAUCUCUCAUUGCGGUCAUUCUCAAGAUCUUAAAACAAAAUCUUACAACGAACGUGCUACUCACAUCGAAAAGCAAACGGUAUCUCACAAUUCCCGUUUGCACUUACGGCUUGUUAGACCAAUAGCAUCGCUAGCCCUUCUUUACGGGCAAGCUGAUGGAGGCUGAAUGAUGCAAUCACUUGCCAUCAAAGAGGGAAAUGGCAUUAUUGGCGGUACAUCACCAAAUCAUACCAACAAUAAUGUCACCCCUCCGCCUCUUUCAUCUUCCAAUAUAAGUGUUGGAGCAACGGGAAAUACAAAUAAUGCCAACUCUGGUGGGGUAGGUUCAGCAAUGGGUGGUUCAUUAGCAGGUGUGGAUUUGGGACCAUCCAUGUUAGGCGCAGCAGGUCCAGCAGCAACUUCAGGACCAAGCAUUCCUGCCGGUACAGGUCCAGGCGGAACACCUACAACUGCAUUAAGCGUUUAUCAUUUGAUCACCCAAUUAUGUCAACGUCCAGAUCCAAAUAGUCCAAAGACCUCGUCAAACUCUGGACCUGUCACUCAAGUUCCCGCAACGAGUGCAACGGGUAUCGAAGCAUUACCCGGAAGUUCUACGCAACGCGAAGCAGCUUUGUUGGAAUUAAGCAAGAAGAGAGAGCAGUAUGAAGAUCUGGCUUUGGUUUUAUGGCAUAGCUUUGGUGUCAUGUCUUCAUUACUGCAAGAAAUCAUCUCAGUCUAUCCGAUGUUAUCGCCUCCUACACUCACAGCGCAUGCAUCGAAUCGGGUUUGCAACGCACUUGCUCUUCUUCAAUGUGUCGCUAGUCAUCCUGAGACGCGAGGGUUGUUCUUGAAUGCACACAUUCCACUCUUUUUAUACCCUUUCCUUAAUACGACAUCCAAGAACCGCCCAUUCGAAUACCUUCGACUGACGUCUUUGGGUGUUAUCGGUGCAUUGGUCAAGCAAAAUGACAAUUCGGAUGUCAUCACGUUCUUAUUGUCUACCGAAAUCAUUCCCUUGUGCCUGCGAAUUAUGGAGACAGGAUCGGAGUUGAGCAAGACAGUUGCAAUCUUCAUCGUUCAAAAAAUUCUAUUGGAUGAUAUGGGAUUGGCAUAUAUCUGUCAAACAUACGAACGCUUCUAUGCUGUUGCAACUGUUUUGAGCAAUAUGGUUGCCCAAAUCGUUGAAAGUCAAGCAGUUCGCUUACUCAAACAUGUGGUUCGAUGCUAUUUACGCUUGAGCGAUAAUGCUCGUGCCCGUGAAGCUUUGCGUGCUUGUCUGCCCGGACCUUUGCGUGAUGCCACCUUUUCGCAAUUGCUCAAGAAUGAUCACAUUACCAAGAGAUGUUUGGCAACGUUAUUGCUCAACCUAUCCGAUCGCGUAGAGGGAUAGGAAGAGUACUAGCAAUUUUGCUUUCUCUUUAGGUCCAUUUUUCAAGAUCACAUAGACAACCAAUUGCUGGUUUCUGCAUAAUGCUUCUGUUUAUGCGUCCCCUUUCACUUUCAACAAUCAUGUAUUCUUAUCCGUAUCGCUUCUUCUCAGACCUUCUUCUUGUGUACACCUCCUUAUUCCCCGCCUUUACUGCACUGUAAUGCUACAUCGGAACCGUCACUGUGGUUCUUUAGACGAACUUGCAACCCUGAUACAUACCACCACCCAUGUACCUUUAUUCACUUCAUAUGCACACAUACGCCCUACUAUGAUAAACCUAUCACUCUCUUUCCCCCUUUUUGCUCCAUCUCAUUUACUGACAUUUUAUUCUUGUUGUAUUUGUGUCAAUUCAAAAUACAUCCAUAC